CUCGCAUAUAUAGCGACGGGAAAGAAGUGGUGAUGGGCCUGUUCGAUGACGCUGACCGCUUGGUGGACUGCGCUUAUCAGCGUCAAAACGUUUCCCUGGUUGCCGUUGUAUUCCACGACGCCAUUGUGAAGCAGACGUCUGGGCAAAUGAUACAGAUGACCGAUGUUCGGCUGGUGACGCGGGCGUGUAAGCGCUUCAUCAGGAAAGUAUUACGUUGGACACCAGGGGAGCCAGAUCCGGGUAACUUCAAAGAAGCCAAGCUGAGGCAAAGUCUGCACAAAGGGAUACCGGGUACAUCAAUGUGCAGUCUCCGUGGACACCAGUUGAAAACAGGAAACGACGUAGUGGAUCCAUCUACCGACAAAUGUUGCAAACAGCUCCAUUCGUGCAGUGUCUCCAUUCCAGGUUGGACAUUCCAGUAUGAGCAUUUCAACAUUCAUCCCUGGCCCCUCCCUCACUGCAACUGCUCAGAGGCGUUUUAUUCUUGUCUCCGAGACUCAAAGGGGCCGCUUAGCAAAGAGGUGGCUAAUCUCUAUUUCAAUGUCAUCAAGCUGAGGUGUUUCAAGGAAAGAGACGAGGACAUCUGCACUCACUGGGACGAAUGGUACACAAAAUGUAAAAACUUUACAAGGACAAUAUCCGCUUCCGUGAUGGAGAAUGCACGGUUCUGAACUGAUUUAUCGUGAUUAAUCGUGUUCACAUCAUACUCAUUCAAAUCGCCAUAACCGCUUCACGAGACAAGGUUCAUGCUACUUUGCGAAUGAAUGGGAGAACAGUUUAAAGAGAGGGGCAGAUACAAGUGAAUAUAUGGCUCACAGUUAAACAAAUU